AUGAACUGGGCAUGGACUCAACUCCAGGUGUCCUAUGCUUUGGCCGCUGCUGCAGGAGGAGAGUCCAGCAUAGAAUGCAUCAUCCCUUCAAGGCGAAAGUCCUCAGGGGCCAGUCGAUCGCCCACAACGUCGAGCGUCGGCGCUGAGUCAACUGCAGCAUCAUACGUGUCUCAAUCACUUCCACCAGUCUUCGACUUCUCGGAUGUACAUAACGGAUCACAAGAGUUCAAUGUGCCCUCGUUCUUGAAUAACCCACUCGACUCUUUACCCUUUGACUUUGGAGACCCGAACAACAAUCCUCUAGACGCCAACUUCUGCGAAGUCAACAUCAAUGACCUCAACAUACCGUCAGAUAGUUUAUCGGAGCCAUUCGAUAUCUUCAAAGAGACAGCAGAUACUGCCGUACCUGAUCAGAUCGACGUCUUUCCACUCACACACCUUCCUGAGGUCAACAUAAGCGAACCUGAACAAUCUUUCUUUUCACCAUACAAUCCCAGUGGUUCAGUAGAUUACGACGACAGUAACAUACGAACAAAGCGUCGACGAGUAUCCCAAGCCGGAAGCGAUACCCAGAACAGUUCCCACAGUUCUCUAUCGUCCUUCUCACUUGAUCAGUCCAUGAUGGCCCGAUCCAACAACCAGCUCAUCUCAUCAAAUCUCCUGCAUAUCUAUCACGACGUUCUGGAGCACAACCUAACAUGCUGGCUUAACGAAAUUACGUGCCCCUUUGGGCGUUCGAAAGGCCCAAGCAUGCCCAGAUCUUCAGCAGAAUGGGGCUCUUCAUGGUCAAAUAGAGUGCUUCGUCGAACGUUGAGUGUCGAUCGUGGAGCUCAGUCUGCACAACUCAUACACAUAUCCAAACAUCAACAAGCAGCAGUUUCUAAAGCCUACCACUUAGCCAUCAUGGCAUUUGCCACACAGUGGGCUCAAGAGUCGCGUCGUCAGAAAGAACGGUACGCCUCCCUAGCAGACACCAACGAGAACCCGCUGAAUGAGUACAUGGAUGAUGUAAAUGAAGAGUUUGGUCGUCAUCUUCAGCGAAAUCUUUGGGAUCAAGCUCGUAGGGCUCUCGACGACGUUGCUGAUGUUGAAUCAUUCCGAGUCGUUUCUGCAGAGAUGAUCUUUGGAUUCACCCAGAAGCCACUCUCACAAGACGAUAAGGCAAACGACUGGACCACAUCUGUUCCUCUAGGUGGGAGUUUCGAUGCAGACGCACUAUCCGAGGAAAUCGCCGAUAUUAUCGAGAACAAUGGUCCUCCAAUCUAUAUGGAACGCGCAGCUCGAAAAAUGCAUGUCUUAAAAUACCGCUACGAUGCCGAAAGACGGGGCAUAGUCAAGACGCGCAAGAACAAAAGACCAGUCACUCUGUCCCUGAUGAGUACCGAAGACCAAAGCACAAUCAGUCUUCUUUAUUGGCUGUCUGUCAUGCUCGAUACGGUCAGUUCAUCCAUGGCGGAAAGACCGGUGGUGGUAGUAGAUGCCAACAGUCAGCAUGACGACGCAACAGGCGAUAAGGAUUGGAAUGUACCGCUGUUCAUUCAAGAUAGCUUGGAGAAGCCUAAACUGGUGGUACAUUGGCCAUGUUCCUACGACGAGGCUGCCGAGGCCGUCGCGAGAUCUGCGCCCGUCAAGGUUUUGAUGUUCCGGCAUGUCCAUUAUCUCCAGACUGUUUUACGACAAGGCGAGAGUCCUGAAAAGGUGGAAGAAAUUAUUGAACGUGGAACAUUCUUUAGAGAGCUCCUUGAAAACUAUGACUCGAUCCCAGGCCGCAUCCAAAGCUGGUUUAUCUGCAUCUCUGCGCCCAUGCAUCUCGGCGUCCUCCUCCUUGCCGAUCUAGUAUCUCAGGUCGACAGCAACUCUCUUGGUCUUCCCGCGCAAACUCAAAGCCGCACAAAUAGCAAAUGGAUCCUCCGUGUCCGCGAGCGCAGCGCUAAAGAGCUCUCUGAUCUCGCACGCGUGACAACAACAAGUACACCACAGCCUUCGGAGUUUCACCACGCGCUCAACGAGAGUAUGAUAUUGACUGAACCGUGGACGGUGAUCCUGGAACGCGCGUUCUCAAAAGCGGCGAUUUAUUGGAUGGGCGAGGCAAAUGAUUUGAGGAUGUUUGAGGCGAAGAGUGACGUGGGUGAGAGGUUGGCGCAGGCGGAUGAGUGUAUUAGGGCGUUGUGGAUUUUGGGCAAGAAGUCGGAUAGCGCAAGAAGGUGCGCUGAGGUUUUAUCUGGGGCAAAGAGAAAAUUGAUGAUAUAG